GAGAAUCGUAAAUUACGAUUCGUAAUUUGCAAUUUAUUCCACCUGCAUCGCUCGAAAAUAAUAAAAAUAAAUACAAAAUACAGCGAAAGUUUCAAAUUUGUGUUCAGUAAAUAAUUGGAAGCAUAUCGACAGGAGGAAUGGAAGUAGACGAGUUUGUCCCCCUUCCUCCGUCCUGGUUCGAAUUUUUGCUCGACCGGACUUUGCUCGAAAGACAUUUGCGCCAAGAAGUAGCAGACCCGUCUGCGACCACUUUGUUAUCCGAGUUUGUCUUGAAUGCGGAGAAAUCAGCGGCAGAUACUAUUCCAGCGACCAAGCUGGAAAAACCCCAGUCGGAAGAAGAAUCUCUUAUCUUUUCCUAUCGACAAAAGAAAAAUCGGGCCUUAAGACUUGUCUCGUUACAAACGGCUGCCUUCUUAAAUUGGGAUUUAGAUGUUUUAACCAAGAUCCAUGUUUCUACUCAGCAUGCAUUUAUGAAGCACGUUCUGAACGUGGCGCAACCCGACCCAGCGGAAGAAAGUAGGCGUGAAUUGUCGAAAGAGUUUCUUCGCGUCCUUUACCACAGAUGGGUCUUGAGGACAUUUCAGAGUCACAAUGCGUUUGCAAAGACGGCGAGAUUUGGCCAACAGCAGGCUGAUCAAAUCAUCGCAUUAGAAAACGUCUGGAAGGAUUUAAACGUUGAUGAAUCCGUGACAUAUUUACAAACAUGCCUCUCCAACCCGCAACUUGCUUCCGCCAUCAAGAUCAUCAUCCCAAACACUGAAACCUUUGCGGUCGAUCAGACCCCCGCGUGGGAUGUAGGCGUUGAAAUUCCAAAGUCCUCCUUUGAGUCCAUCAUUCACCUCGAUCUCGGCAUUUUCCUCCUGCACAAAGGGAGCAGUGCUGAGGCGCUCGUCCACUUUCAACAGCAACAAAUGCCACUGGAGAAUUUCCCAUUUUUGAAAAUCAGCAAGCGCAAGAUGGAGGGAUAUUUGCGCUCUGUCGGCCUGCUCACCACGUUCGACCAAACCUUGGAAGACAGUAAAGUGACACCGCGAUCACUCGAUCACGCCAAAAUGUUGGAGUCUGCUCUCUCCGUGAGAAAAGGGUUGAGUCCGAGAUUAAAGAAACUCCUGAAUGUCAAGUUGGAUCCACCAGCAUUACCGAGAGGACAGGAUCGUCUCAACCCGGAUCAACGGGAUACAGAAGAGGGUGCCUUUAUCAUUCCAGGAGACGACAAGCUGUCUCUCUUCACAUUAGAGAAACGUCUGAUCGAGUCCACCAAUGCGAAAGAGAUUGAAGAUUAUAUCGCGAAAUUGCUUGGGGCUGCUACCCACCAAGGGUCAAGUCCUCGCUCUCUCUCAACCCUGUUCAACGGUUGGGAACUUCCAAUUCCGGUGCAGCACGCCGUUAAAAAUUUAACCGGAGGAGGACUUCCCUUUCAAGAACAGAUUUACAUUUUCGUUGCAAAGUCGAGACAACUGUUGAACUGCAAGGAAUACGAACAAGCGAAAAUUAUGCUUCUGACGGCAAAAUCAAAACUGCAACAAAAAUUCCAACAAACUUAUUCUGUCGGGGGACAAGUUAACUCAUACGUUUUAAAUCUGAACAAACUAAUCAUCAUGAUGGACUGGGAGAUAUUGUUGCUGGACAUUACUCAAUUUGUAUCCGAAUAUCCCGAUGGAAUUGAUCAGGACGACAUUGUAGAUUUGAAAAGUAGGUGUCGAGGAUGUCUCGAGCAGUUGCAAGAUCCUAAAACAGAAGUUAAUCCACGAUCCGAGAUUGUGGAAAAUAUUCUCGUUGCAUUCAUCAAUCUUGGCGAGUAUAGUUACGUCGCCAACUUUGACAAGAUGCAGAAUCAACGGUGGCCUUUUGUGGAAUUUAUCGCAUUAUUGGCACGCGUCUGCCACGACCUAUUUAUGGAAAGGAAGGAAACGUCGUCAAGCUAUCGAGAAUUAUGGAGUGCUGUACUUCCAAUCUUCUCCAAUAAUUCGGGAUCUUCUAAUUCCGGAAUAAAUUCUAAGAAGCAAGUUCUCAACAUUUCCAGCAAACCGUCAAUGCUCUCUUCACGCAGCUCAUUAUCCUGGGUUAUCGAUCGCUCUUGUUCUCAACCGUUGCUUUCCGUGUGGGUAUCACUUUUGGCAAAGCUACAUAAUCACAUCCUGGACGACGUAGGUAUCCAAAUUCACGCCGACUUUCUCCACAUUUGGCCCAAUAUUUUGGAUGACGUGACGUCGUCCACAUCUGUCAUUGUUGAGUUGAAGAACAACAGAGUUUCCGGAAGCUCCAAACUAAAUAGCAAACACAUUCGUGAUUUCUUGUUCUCGCUGUUGGAACGGGCCACAAAGAUCACGAGAGGUGGUGACAUGUUUAUUUGGCUGCGAUGUCUGGGUGACGUUCAUCUCGCGUCGGGAUCUCCUUCCCUCGCCAUGAAGUGCUACAUCGAGUAUUUAGCUAUGUGCACGGACUUUUUUGAAAAAUCGAACGCCCCAAACUGGGAGGACUCGAAAUUGUUCAAGAGGAUGAUCAAAUGUUGUGAAAUGUUGGGUUGUUUUACUCAGGCUGUCGUCCUGAGUCAAUUUCUCUCACCGGAAGUCGACUACUCCGUCGCGUUUGGGAUGGCUAUUGAGAAAACUACAAACGACGCAUCCGACUCGCUGUACGGGUUUAUCUGGGAUCUCACAAUUUUAGAAUUUUUAAUCAAUUUGCAUACCAAGAGGAAUGAAAUGGCGAAAAGACAACAAGCUGUAAAAGUCAUGGGCCUCUUGGAACUGAAUUCAAAUAACAAUGAGGAAAUCCAACGAGAAGCAAUGUGUUUGCGGCGAUCACAAUUUAUGAGAACAUUAGCAAAGCACUAUAUUUUUGUAUAGUUUUAUACAUAUGACGUAAGACUAUAACCUGAGUAUAAACUAUACAGACUUCAUUCUCAU